AUGGCGGCGGGCAUUGGUGACAACAACAGCAGCUGCUUCAACUUGAGCAAUGGCAGUCACACAAACUGGAAGCGACAGCAAACGCCUCGCUAUCUACAACUACUACUGCUCUUUAUCAGCAUCGCUUGCUUGCCGGGAAUUGAAUGCUUUCAACGGUUCUCGGAACAGCCAAUGUACACUGAAGUGAAUCCAGGUCAGGAUGCACUCCUCACAUGCAAAGUAAUCGAUAAACGUGGCUCAUGCUCCUGGCAAAAGGAUAACAAGCCCGUUGGCAUAUAUGCAAAGAAAUACGAAUGGGCCGCACGUCCGCUUAGCGGCAAUGGCAAUGUCUUACAUUUGGACUUACAUCCGCCGCCCAUGCAAAUUGGCGGCGAUUGCUCCCUGUGGAUACGCACGGCCACACUGGACUUUGAUGAUGGCCUGUGGGAGUGUCAAGUGACGGCAAGUGAUUUUACCACACAGGAUGCGUUGACCAGUCAACCGGUGCGAUUGGUUGUACGUGUGGCGCCACAACGUCCACGUCUCGAAUACGAAGGCAUUCACGUGCCGCCGGGCCAGAACAUCACCGUCGAUGCCGGCGCUGUGGCGACAGUCAAAUGCGUCUCACAUUAUGGUAAUCCGCCGGCAACACUCAAAUGGUAUUUGGGCGACCAGGAAAUCUCGCCCAUACAUCCGCAAACGAACGUCACUGAACCGGAUAAUCCACGCACCUGGUCUGCUACCUCUGUGGUGCAGGUGUCGGCCAUGCGUGAGCGACAUGGCGACAUGCUACGCUGCUUGGCCUUCCACGAGUCCUACACGGCCAAAUCCGUGCCGGUUGAAGCACGCUUGGAUGUCAAAUACGCGCCAACCAUUCGUCUAAUUGGCUCACCGGAAAUCGACUUGGAAGAGGAUAAGGAUGCGCUUGUACUGCGCUGUGUGGCCGAUGCCAAUCCGCCGGCCAGCAUAGUUUGGCGUCGGGCCGGACGCUCUGAAAUAGCCAGCUUGCAGGAAACAUUGCAAUUGCGCCCCGUUGGACGACGAGACGCCGGUCUGUACACCUGCCAGGCUCAGAACUCGGUGGGCACUUCGGAGCAGCUCUCCGUGCAGUUGGAUGUGAAAUUUCCGCCGAAAAUUCUUUCGGCCGGUCCGGACCGCCUAACCACCGCACCACUCUUCAGUCCAGCUGCGUUUGAGUGUCUGGCCGAUGGCAAUCCCAUGCCCACUUACAAAUGGGUGCAAAGAAUAUCGCACGGAUCGAAGUACGUGGAGCGCGGCAACGAAGCCCGCCUGGUCAUCGAUAAUGUCACCUAUGAGUAUCAGGGCGAGUAUGAAUGUCGGGCCACUAGUUACAUCAAUGGACAGGAACGCGUCGCCAUAUCCGAUCCAGUGUCACUGCAAGUUGUGGGUGCCCCACAAGUGCUGCGACUACAUCCCUCAAUGCACACCAUUUCCGUAAAACGGGGCGAGCCUGCCAGCCUCACCAUGAUUGUUUGUGCCGAUCCACGACCCCAUCGCGUAGCCUGGGAGUGGGGCUCGUUGCGUUUGGAUGCUGGCUCGGGCAUAGAUCGCUUCCGUGCCGACGACAUGCAGCAGGAUACGCGUGAGGAUUGCUAUCUCUCCACAUUGCACAUACAUCACACCGAUGAGCACGACUCACGUCCCUAUUAUCUGGUCGUAGAGAAUGAACGCGGCACCGAUCGCCAUGCCAUACAUUUGAUUGUGGAGGGUACGUUUGCAGAACCUUUGGAGAUGAGCUAUUUGCUCGGCGUCGCCGGCGGUUGUUUGGCCGCCAUUUUAAUAUUAAUAUGUCUCUGCAUCUACGCCGUUAAAAGCAAAAAGUGUUGCUUCAAGGGUUCCUCUGGCUAUAAAUCAUCGGAUAAAGACAGCGAAAAAGCCGAUUUGAAAUCACGCUCAGAUAGCACGAGUGGCCCUCAAGGUGAUUCAAUUUACACGACGCCCGCCGGCUUCCAUCAUCACCAGCAACAGCAGCAGCAGCAGCAACAACAACAGCAGCAGCAACAACAACACGCAGCUGCGGCAGCAGCAGCUCUACAUGCAGCCUCCCAGCAUCCGCAACAGCAAUAUCCUGGACAUGGAUCUCCCGAGGCAAUGAAGAGCGUGCCAGUGCUUCGCACAUUUGGCAAUCAUCAUAUCGCGUAGCGGGAACUUGCCGUGGCCAGCACCACAACCACCAAUAACAACAACAACACUGCAAUAGCAACAACAACCACCACAUGCUCAUCAUCAGCAACCACCAUAACGACACCGACAGGCACACCACCAUUGCCACCGUUGCCCAAUGCGUUCAUAGCGAUCAAAACGAAAGGUGAUAUUAGCAACAACAUCGGCGUUUCUGGAUGCGGUGGCAGUGGCAGCGGCGGCGGCGGCAGCAACAACAGCAGCAACAGUCUGGCCUUGCAUAGCGGCAGCAAUAGUUUUAAAUCGAAUUGUAACAGCAACAGCAACACAAACAAGAAAUCACCACAGCAACCGCCGCCAUUGCCCAUGAAAAAUGGUGCCAAACAGCAGCAACAACAACAGCCACACAAUUCCGACUCACACUAUCAACAUCUCAGCUACAACACCACACAUCUGCAUAGUUUCAGUUCACUGGAGCAGGGCACACAACAGCAACAACAACCACACUACCAGCGCGGCAACAACACACUCGAUCGCAAGCAAUCACAGCAACACAGCAGCGAUUAUUGCACACAAAUCAAUCCACACUAUUUGCAAACCUUUGACAGUCUCGACCACUAUAGUGUGGCCAACUUGCAAUCGCAUCGCAGUCAGUCGAAGUCACAGAUUUAUAGCUAUGGUAGCAGUGGCACUGCCAGCGACACUUCCCAGCAACAUCACACACACUAUCACAGCAGCAGCAACAUUGCACACAUUGAGCAACACUAUCAUCAGCAGCACAAUGGCCGCUAUAGUCAGCCACAUCAGCAACAGCAGCAGCAGCAACAGCUGCUACAGCAACCACCACAGCCAUACCACCAGCAACAGCAACAUCACAGUUUGAAGCACACUAAACACAGCAAGGGCCACAAGAAUAAGCACAGUUCGAAGAAUAGCAAGUCACAGGAUGAUUUUAAGGCCAUGCACAAACAGCAACAACAGCAACAAAAGUGCGCCAGCGGCAACAGCCACAAACAGCAACAGGUGUCCAAACGUCACAGCAACAGCAACACCAGUCAGCACCAACAACCACAGCAACAACCACAGCCACCACCACACCAUUACUCAAGCUCCAGUGAUAGUUUACCAUUUGAUAAUAACUACUAUUAGAUUAGACUUUCACAACACCAACAACAACAACAACAACCAGAAUACCCACACUAACCAACAACAACCACACACACACACCCAGAUAAACAAGAACACACUCAUCGAACUGUCACAGCUGCAAGUUUUUCACAUGUACUCGUAUGACUAACAUCCCUUUAAAACACCAUUAUAUUUAAAACGAAAAAAAUAACUAUCUAUGUAUGUAUGAAUGUAUGGAUAUGGCCAACAAUUCCAGAUCUGCUCCAUAUGUUUCGAAUUUGCACCACCA